GGUGUACAAAAUGAUUCCUCGAGGUCAAAUGAUUCCCCAUCGUUGUCGGUAAAUUACUAGUGCCAUCUAUUAGAUUUAUAUGCAAACGUCUUCCCCGCUCCCCGCUCAGUUCACCAGUGAAAUAUCAUGGCGGUCUAAGCAUCGUGCGCCGAUUAAUAUAAAAAAAAAGAAAAUUGCUGUGUUCAAUGUAAGAUGCCGCGAAAUUAUCAAAGAAAGACAGACCGGCAAAAAUGGAGCGAGGAGGCUAUGUCACGAGCACUCGAAGAAGUAAAAAAAGGCAUGCCAUAUAAAACAGCCAGCAAGCAGUUCUCGGUACCUGUGAUGAGCCUGAAAAGAAGAGCCAAAGGCAAAAAUAAAGUUGCUGUUGGCGCAGUUAAGACCCUAGGAAGUAAACAAACGGUGUUUUCACCUGAUCAAGAAAAAGAACUAAUUCAGCACAUAACAGACAUGGAAUCUAGGAUGUAUGGCCUAACCAAACAAGAUGUACUUUCUCUGGCGUAUCAGCUGGCGACGAAGAACAACAUUAAGCAUCCAUUUUCAACUGAGAAAGAAAGAGCCGGUGUUGAUUGGUUGAGAGGUUUUAGAAAACGGCAUCCCGAUAUAGCUCUCCGAAGUCCAGAAUCAACAUCAGCAGCACGAGCUAGAGCCUUUAAUAAACCUGUCGUUGAUAAAUUCUUUUCUGUGUUAAAAGACAUUCAAGAAAAACAUCAUUUCCAUCCACACAGAAUAUUCAAUGUUGAUGAGACUAGCAUAUGUACAGUGCCAACAAAAAACACAAAAGUAUUCGCUAAAGCUGGUCGUAAACAAGUGGCAAGAGUUACUUCGGCUGAAAGAGGUGAGACGACAACAGCGGUUAUUUGUUGUUCCGCAGCUGGUACAUUUUUACCACCGAUGUUUAUAUUUCGAAGAGUAAGAAUGAAGAUAGAAUUAAUGGAUGGUGCACCCCCAGGAUCUGCUUAUGCAUGCAAUUCAAGUGGUUGGAUGAAACUUGAAGUUUUUGAUCAAUGGUUUGAUCAUUUUUUAGCUCAUGCGAAGCCUUCGGCAGAUGAUCCAGUCCUUUUAAUUUUAGAUGGGCAUUUGUCGCACACCAAAAACUUGAAUGUGGUAUUAAAAGCCAGAGAAAAUCACGUCACAAUUUUAUGCUUGCCUCCACAUUGCACGCAUAAACUACAGCCCCUGGAUGUAGGAGUAAUGUAUCCUCUCAGCGUCUAUCAUAAUCAGGAAUUAGAAAAGUGGAUGAAUAAUAAUCCGGGAAGAGUGGUGUCAGUGUUUCAAAUUACAAAAAUCUUUGCAGGGGCUUAUCUUAGAGCAGCGGUGCCAUUAAAUGCGAUAAAUGGAUUUUCUAAAUGUGGAAUUUGUCCUAUGAAUCAGGAUAUUUUCGGCGAUGUGGACUUUGUGGCUGCAGAAACUACUGAUAUGGAAGCGGCUGCUCAAAACGAGGUUCCCAGUACUUCGGAAUCUGCUUUAAACGACGCUGUUGACGCCCAAGUUGAUCAAACAGUUGCUGUUCCUGAUCCACAACAACCUGAGUCGGGGGUAUAUGAUACCAAUACGACAGAUACAUUACUUAUAAAUGAUUGUAGAACAUCUUCACCACAAAUCUUAGAUUCAAAUAGGACUCCAACAUCAUCACCUUCAUUACUUUCGCAAGAAUAUACUCAUAUUCAAAACGAUCCACCAGUGUCCCUGAAUUCUACAAAACCUCAAGAGAUUGGCACUGUCACAGCCUCCAAAUCAUUAUUAGAUUUACCAUCAACAUCUUUUGGUGUAUAUUCUCCACGAGACCUUCGACCUUUGCCAAAAAUAGACGGAAAAAGAAGUAAGAAUGUAAGAAAACGAAAAAUAGAUACAACGGUUUUAACUAGCACACCUUAUAAAAGCUAUUUAGAAGAAGAAACGCAAAAAAAGAAAGAAAAAGAAGAGGAAGAAGAGGACGCAGAGUGCUUGUUCUGCACGGAACCUUAUUCAAAAGACGCUAUGGGAGAAGGUUGGAUCCGCUGUGUGGAAUGUUUAAAAUGGGGACACGAAGCAUGCGCUGGACUCGAUAGUGACGACGAAGAUGAUUUUAUAUGCGACUUUUGUGUAGAUCGCCGUGGAAAUAUAAGGAAGCAAUUAGAUCUCUGA